CUUACAGUAACACCCCUGAAACCUGUCCACACCCACAAAUAUUUGCCGCACCUUAACUUGCACACGUAAGUUCUGUUCCACCAGACAACUGACGCACUCGAGGGCGAGACACGGAGGUGAACACAUCGCACUUCUUCCACUUCUUUGUCAUUUUCGGUGAAACACUAAGCCACCAAACUUCGACAGGAUGGCAUCCGAACCACCCAUGUGUGGCGAAAUGGGACUCCCCCGCUACGAGGGAACUCUGGAAACAGCUUUCAUUUACAAAGAGAUAGAUCGGCCCUUGGCUCUAUGUGCUCUGUUCCAGAACCAGAUGGCGGACGCCCUCAAUGACGGCAAACCGUUUGAUGAGUACGUCCCAAUCGCGUACAAGACACAGGUGGUUGCUGGGACCAACUACACCAUUCGGAUCAAGACUGGUCCAAAGAGUGAGAUUGGGAUGGAGGUUUUCUGGCCCUUAGGCUCCGGCCUCCCGAAAAUGACCGACUGCUACCAUUGGGGGAAGAAAGGCGAAGGUCCUAGAGUUCUUUCGGCCACAGUAAACAAUUAAUUUGUUGAUUCAUGGAUUUAAAAUUCUGGGAGGAAACUUGAAUAUAUGACUGUAUUCAAUCCGUAAAACUGAGUGCACUAAGGCAUAUACCUGGUCCUCAGGCUUUGUUUUCAUUAUGGUUUUCCAGCUAAGCAUCUUUUUUCUCUUCAGUUUUUUAAAAUCCGUGAACCAACAAAUUAAAUUGGUGUGGCCUGGUAGUAGACUGCCCGGCCACCAGUGCAUCGCACAUAUUUACUGUGUCAUGUAGUCAGAGUUUACUAUGUCUGAAUGUACGAAGCAAAGGGAAGGUUUUGAUGUGUAGUUUUCAACAGUGUGAGUUGACAGGAAGCUUGACUUAACACAGUAAAUAUGGUGAACAUAUCCUAACAGCAUUUCUGAACAGCUUUCAGUAGUCAUGUCUGUGGACACUUAGCAAAAUCUGUGAUUUUUACUAUCAUACAGAUUAUAAACUGCGCUAAAGCUUCAUAUCCGAACAUUAAACCACUGCAAACUCUAGUUAACAACUUUUCUUCAGCUGUUAUAAUUUUACAUGUACAUCAUAUCGAAUACUGUAA